AUGGUGAGGAAUAAAAGACUUUUAACUCGCCUUUCUGGCUAUUUCUUUGCCAAUCCCACCUUUAAGGGACAAGAACUGCUAUCCAAGCAAAUGGUGCUUUUGGAUAGGUUCCAGAGAGAAUUGGAGUUUCUUGUGGGCUGCUCAGUCUGUACUGAGCCCUUAGAUGAGAGCACAUAUAUAUGGCAAAUCAUAGAUCACCAGUGCCCUGGUGAGAUCCUCCUUGCAAGAGUCAAGGGAACCCCUCCACAUCAAGGAUGGAGAAAGAUUCGACGUAGACCCAUCUUUCCCAAGCCCAGGAACUAUAGGCUGUGCCAGUUCUACAGACGUGGGACAGGCUGCACGAGGCACGACCAGUGCACGUUUGCCAGCAGCCCAGAGGAAGCAGUGGUUUGGACUUUUGAGAGGCAGAACUAUAUCCCUAGGUUAUGGCUAAAAGGUGAAGUGCAAAACAGCUCAUACCACUGGACCCCUGAGAGCCAGAGAGCAGUUGAGAAAAUUGGGGCAGAAUUUGGAGGCUACUUUCAGGAAAUCUGUAAGGCCUGCUUUGAGGAAAGCCCCUCACAAGUGACUCACUGGGGUCCAAAGCUGGUGUGCCCACAGCAUCCGUAUUCUGGCCCCAUUCUGGUUCAUGUAGCAAGUAAAGACCAACUGGUGGUGAUCAGGCCCAAACCCCGGCGCCGAAAUAUCCUGGAAUAUUGUAAUUAUUUCCCUCGAGGGAAACCCUGUCGGCGUGGAGCCACCGCCUGCACCUAUGCUCACAGCGAUGUGGAAAUGGCCGUGUGGGAAGCUGAGGCUAGAGAUCAUCUGCGUCGCCCCGACUUGAUUCGAACCACCCUCCAGUCCGGAGGAAGGCCCGGGAUCAGUGGGAGGGACGGCGGCGGCGGUCCAGCCUCUUCAGCCCGGCCCCAAGUGCUCUGCCAAGCCUGCUCUGUGUUCUACGGCUCUCAAGUGAGUUUCAAGAAUCACUGCUUCUCCCCCGAGCACAAACUGAGAUUGUCCUACGAUCAGGCGGCCCUAUGGAGACAUCGGCGCCCCGUCCUUGGAGUCAGUGAAUUCAAGCUGUGCCCCAGAAAGGAUAUCUGUCUUUAUGGAGAUGUAUGUAUCAAAGCACACUCCCUGGAAGAGCUACAGGAAUGGAUUCUUCGGCCAUUAACCAUCCAAAUAAGUGAGGUCACAGCUUGGAAACAUGGACUGCUCUUCUUCCAGGGCCAGCUUUUCUAUGAUUAUCAGGAGAGUGACUAUGAAGCUCUAGUGAAAUCUAGGUUGAUACAUGACAUAACCAUUCACUGUGGCCAGCCUCUACAGCACCAGGAAAAGGAAAAGAAAUCACAAUGCAGCUGGAAACUUAUCAUUCAUUCUAAGAACCGACAACCACUGAGACAUGUAGCUCUCCUCAAACAGCAUAUGGGAGCAAAGUUCUCCUUGGUGGGUCCUGGGCUUCCACCAGGACAGCUUUAUGCCCAAGGCUCAAAGUUCCGGGUAUAUGGUGCUGCAGUGAUGACCUUCCAUGUAGAGGUGCACAUGGAGUGCAUCACCCCUGGCAGUUACAGUCAGUGGGUGGCCUUUGACUUUGGACACCGGCCUGUCCUGGUACAGAAGCUACACAUGCAGGUGGGCCAGAAGGAGGCCCCUGAAAUCUUGCCCACCUCUAGCCUGAAGAUGACUUACUGGAACAGUGGGGAUCAUCAUGUGGUAACCAGUAUGGACAGGACAGCAGAGCAGACAAACCUGCUUGCUAAGUACAAUGUGAGUUCCCAGGAACUGGACUCCUUCAAGUUGACAGCUUCAGCCAACAUCCCUAUAACUCUGACCAACUAUCGGGACAGGAUGCACCAGUUCUUGUAUGUGGAAGAAGAUGCCCAGCAACAGCUCGUAGCUAGACUGAAGCUUCGGGUUCAAGGCUCAUUGUCCUCUAAGGUUCAGACCUCAGCAAUGGGCAUGAAGUUUGAAGCACAUGGGAAAUCCCAUUUCAAGGGACAAAUUCCUUGCUCGCUGACACCAGACACAGACCAAGGCUUCUUGCUAAGCAGGGCCAUCAGCACUGCUUAUGUGGCACCCAUCCCUGCCCGGGAUAACCAAGUGUAUGAAGUUCAGGUGAAUGUCAAGACGGAGACUGAGCUCACUGUAUGGCUCCUGCUGCCAGCCCACUGCUGCUCUGCGCUGGGGCUUGAGGAUGGAGAUUCUCAGCUUAUGGAAAUCCAGUUCCAAAUUGACAAAAUGGUAUUCAGUAGAAGGCAUCAAGCCAUUGAUGCACUUCAUGAUGAAAGAGUGGUGGUCCCCGACAUACCUGCCUGUUCUCUGCCUUCUCCAACACUGUCUACCCAGGAAAUUUUCUGUAAUGCUAAACAGAAACAGGCCAUUUCCUAUAUCACAGGCACAGCCAGUGAGAGUAGACAAGUGCCUCCACUGCUCAUUUAUGGUCCAUUUGGGACAGGAAAGACAUACACACUUGCCUGGGCUGCACUGGAGGUGAUCAAACAGCCAAAUGCCAAGGUGUUGAUCUGUACCCAUACCGAGAGUGCUGCUGAUGUCUACAUCCGGGAGUACUUUCAUGUUUAUACCUCAGCUGGACACCCUGAAGCCAUGCCCUUGAGGGUCAAACACAUUGAGAGCAUCUUCCAUGAGACGGACCCAACCACACUGCAGUACUGCUGCCUUUCAGAAGAUGGGUGCUCUUUCCGCUUCCCAACCCAGGAUGAGCUGGAGCAGCACCCCAUUAUUGUCACUACCACCACUGCCUCCCACAGCCUUCAUGUGCCCCCUGGCUUUUUUUCCCACAUCCUCAUUGAUGAGGCUGCUCAGAUGUUAGAGUGUGAAGCAAUAAUGCCACUGGCUUAUGCUACCCAAGACACACGCGUGGCCCUGGCUGGGGACCACUUGCAAAGCACCCUCAAAGUCUUCAGCGUGGGUGACAGGAAGUCUGCGGACCAUUCACUAUUCAAUCGACUGUUCCAGUAUUAUCAGCAGGAGACUCAUCAAUUGGCUUCCCAGUGCAGAAUCGUCUUCCAUGAAAACUACCGAACCACCAAAACCAUCAUUCCCUUUGUACUUCACAAUUUCUAUGGGACCAGCAAAAUCCUCAUAAAGGAUAGUGGAAUCCCUGACCAUCCCUGGCAAUUCCCGCUUAUGUUUUGCUGUGUGUCUGGUACUCCUGAGAAAGAUAUCUCGAUGACAUCAUGGUUAAACAAAGAUGAAAUAGCGGAAGUCAUUAAGAGAGUACAGAAAUUCUAUCAGGACUGGGACUGCCAAUGGGGCAGCCGUGAUCAGAAGCAAAUUUGUGUUGUGUCCCAUGGUUCUCAGGUAAAAAGACUUAAGGAGGAACUGAGGAAGAAACAACUGGAAGAAGUGGUAGUGGAGAAUUCUGAAAAUAUGCCAGGUCGUGAGUUCCGAGUAGUCAUCCUCAGCACAAUACAUACCCAGGACAGCCUGCUCAGCAAUUCAGCCACUCACCUGGAAUUCUUCAAUGAGCCCCGAUUACUUAACACAGUGAUGACCAGGGCCCAAUCACGGCUGGUUGUUGUGGGUGAUCCCAGUGCCUUAUGUGCCUUUGGACACUGCAGAGAGAUAUGGAAGAGAUUUAUUCAAAGGACAUUAGAGCAAGGCAAUAUACUUCCUUCAUUCCUCAAAAUGGAAGAUAUGGAGCCAAGUUCCUUGCUAUGUUUGGCCUGGCAAAACAGAAUGGAUACUGGGACUACAGCCAGGGAGGAUUUAGAAGAAGAGGAUUUAGAAGAGGAGGAUAACUACGGUGUUGUUACCUCCCAGGCAUCUGAUGCUAUACUCUGUGCUGAUGACUCUAUCCUGGAAGAAUUGCUGGCAGAGACACUACCUAGGAACUAAUGGGAUUGAUGGGACUGGCUUCUAUAUUUGAUAUUCUAUGGCCUACCUUCUCUCCAUUAUAACAAUAUUUAAGUUUUCCUGUGCCAGUGUUGGAAAAAUACACAAUGAGCCCAAGAGAGAAUCUAUUAAGAGGAUCAAUAUUGAAAAAUUACCCAUUUAUAUGUUUUAUAUAUAAAAAGCCUUAAUUAAAAAAAAAAAGAACCUAUAAGAACUGUGAACUGAUUAAAUAGGUUUUAAAACAGAAAUAUAGCUUAAAGAUUUAGAUAAUGGCAGGGAAUUUGCCUCUUUGUAAAUUUAGGAAUAAGAUACAUAUAGUAUGUCAAAUGUUACCAAGUUAUAACAUAUUCAGACUUAAAUUCAGUAGUCACUAAAUGUUGCUUUCACACCUACCUCACACAGGUAACUUUGUUGACCUAUAUUUGUCCAAAGCAGCUGCCACUGAAGUCACUUGGAGUUAGACUUAACCUGACCAUCUCUGUCACCUGAACCUUCAACAGCAGGAAGCAUCUAUGUCUAUAAAUCCUGCUUAAUUAAUUUAAAGUGCUGGAUACGCAUAAGCAAUUAUUUUCCCUGGUCACAGAAUGCCUAUUUGUAUGUACCAAUAGUAUUUAUUUAUGUCAUGAAUAUUCUGGAAUCAUAUACAAAAGAGGUUUGCAAUAAAACUGUAAAUUC